GGGGGGCUCGUCCUGGGGGGCUGUGACUCUGACAAAGAUUUGGGGGGCGUGGCGGAGCUCCCAGUGCAAUGCUGGGGCCAAAAGGGCCGGUGCGAACCAGGGGACUUAAACAGGGGAAUCUGGAGUAGGAGCAGAGAGGUGCUGUUACCUUCUGUGUCUGGCCCUGGAGUCACAAUGUCACUCUAUAAAGCCACGGUACGGCCACACCCCGAAUGCUGCCUGCAGUUCUGGUCGCCCCAGCCCAAAAGGGGUGUAUUAGAAUUGGAAAAGGUUCAGAAAAGGGCAACAAAAAUGAUUCGGGGUGUGGAACAGCUUCCGAACGAGGCGAGAUUAAUAAGGCUGGGACUGGUCAGCUUGGAAAAGAAACGACUAAGGGGGGAUAUGAUCGAGGUCUAUAAAAUCUUUACUGGUGUGAAGAAAGUGAAUAAAGAUGUGUUAUUUACUCCUUCUCCUAACACAGGAACUAGGGGUCACCCAAUGAAAUGAACAGGCAGCAGGUUUAAAACAAAUAUAAAGAAGUUUUUCUUCUCACAACGCACAGUCAACCUGUGGAACUCCUUGCCAGAGGAUGUUGUGAAGGCCAAGACCAUAACAGUGUGUAAAAAAGAACUAGAUAAAUUCAUGGAGGAUAGGUCCAUCAGUGGCUAUUAGCCAGGCUGGGCAGGGAUGGUGUCCCUAACCUCUGUUUGCCAGAAGCUGGAAUGGGCGACAGGGGAUGGAUCACUGAAUGAUUCCCUGCUCUGUUCACCUGGCACGGCCACUGUCAGAAGACAGGACGCUGGGCCGGAUGGACCCUUGAUCUGACCCGGUCUGGCUGCUCUUAUGACCGCUGCUGGACUCGUGUCCACAGUUCAGGAAGGACGUUGGUAAAUCGGGGCGGGGUCAGAAAGGAGCCACGCAGAGGAUUAAAGGGUCGGAAAACCUGACUUAGAGCCAAAGGGAAGGUGAAGGGAACCAGCAUGUAACAGCAGGCUCUGGGGCGCAGGAGAUGGAAGCUGAAGUUGCGAAGCCCCCCGCCUGGCCUGGCAGCCGCCCUAGACGAGUGCAUGGAGGCCAUGAACGCCUUCCUCUGCAACCAGUUCAGUGAGAGCCUGGAGAAGCUGCAGCCCAGGACCAAGGAGAGCAUGUACCACGCCCUGGUCUAUGCCACCAUCCUGGAGAUGCAGGCCAUGAUGACCUUCGAGCACGAGGACAUUGUGCAGGCCGGGCAGACCAUGAAGGAGGCGCAGGAGAUUUGCCAGAGGUUUCGGAGGAAAUCCAGUGUGACUGGCUCCCUCUCCGGCCUGGUCAGCAAGGCAGAUUCGUUCACCGAGGUGGAGCUGCACGCCGAGGUCUGCUACGCGGAGUGUCUACUGCAGCGGGCGGCCCUGACCUUCCUGCAGGACGAGAACAUGGUGAAUUUCAUCAAGGGGGGGAUCAAGGUGCGGAGCAGCUACCUGAUCUACAGGGAACUGAGCAGUUUCAUCCAGUCCAGUCACUGCACAGCAGGUGCUGCCCACGUGCACUUAGAGGGAGGGGUGGCGCUGGGCAUCGGCGCCUUUAAUCUGACGCUCUCUCUCUUCCCUCCGCGGAUCCUGAAGCUGCUGGAAUUCGCUGGGUUUUCGGGGGACAAGGAGUACGGGCUGCAGCAGCUGCACGAGGGAGCGACCACGUUGAACCUGCGGGCCCUGCUCUGCACCAUGCUGCUCCUCUGUUACUACACCUUCCUCACCUUCAUCCUGGGGAUCGGGGAGGACGAUUUCACAGAAGCCGAGAGCCUGCUGAGACCCUACCUCCUUCGCUACCCCAAGAGCGCCAUCUUCCUCUUCUUCGCCGGCAGGAUAGAGGAGAUCAAAGGGAACAUCAGUGAGGCUAUCUGCAGGUUCGAGGCGGGCUGCUCGGCCCAGCAGGCCUGGAAGCAGUUCCACCACAUGUGCUACUGGGAGCUGAUGUGGUGCUAUGCCUACAAGGGCAUGUGGAAGAUGGCCUAUUUCUACGCCGACCUGCUGAGCAAGGAGAACCGCUGGUCCAAGGCCAUGUACGUGUAUAUGAAAGCCGCCUUUCUCAGCAUGCUGCCCCCCGAGGAGCCCCGGCCCUUCGGGGAGAGCGAGGUGGAGCUGUUCAGGCAGGUGUCAUCUUUUAAGCAGAAGAUCGCGGGCAAGUCUCCCCCCACGGAGAAGUUUGCCAUCCGGAAAGCCCGGCGUUAUAAGGGCAGCCGCCCGGUCCCUUUGCCGGUGCCAGCCCUGGAGAUGAUGUACAUGUGGAACGGCUUCACCGUGCUGGGCAAGCAGCGGGAGCUGCUGGAGGGGACGCUGGAGACACUGACGCAGGCCGAGAAGAAGCUGCAGGAGUCGCCAGCCAGCGAGUACCAGACGGACGACCGGUGCCUCCUGCUGCUGCUCAAGGGGCUUUGCAUGAAGCACCUGCAGAGCCCGGCCGAGGCGGAGGCCUGCUUCAGCGCCGUGCAGGGCAGUGAGAAGCGGCUCCGCUACGAUCACUACCUGGUGCCCAACGCGCUGCUGGAGCUCGGCCUGCUGCACCUGGCGCAGGGCCGGAGCGAGGCGGCCGUCCCGCUGCUGCGCCGAGCCAGGAACAACUACAAGAACUAUUCCAUGGAGUCCCGGACGCUCUUCCGGAUCCACGCGGUUCUGUCCCGGCUCAGGGCUGACCAGGAGGAGAACGGCAUGGAAGGACCCAGCUCCUCCUAAAGAACUGCCCCCCCCAGGCAAGAAGGGGGGGGCCGCGGGACUCUGGGGGGUGGCAUCACCUGUCCACCCCCCAGCCCCCACCGAAGGGAACCUGCACUUUCAAUGAAGCCAAAUUGACUUAACCCUUCCUGCGCCGCUCUGCUCCCCAGAGCGACGUCUUUGUCAGCAAAGGCGGAGUCUGGAGGGGGGGGGGCGUCUCUGGGCGUGUGCCCACAGCACCAGGGGGUACCACUGUGAUAAAUAAGGGGCGGGGAGGCAGAGCUGGACCCUGAGGGAGGGUGCCACAGGGUGAGCCGGCCCUUUAAAGCUGAACCCAAAUACCCUUAAAGGGCCAGCUCACCCUGCGAUGCCCACCCAAUUCCUAGUUUCCUAGGAUAAGGGCUAACCACGCCCCCCUCUGCCCCCCCAACACUUUCAUUAAACUAAGUUGCGACUAGUCGCUUGGGGAGGUGCCGAUCGCUGUACGGAGCACGGUAAGUGCUGUGCUGUUUGUUUCCUUGCUGGUUUCCCUGGUCCAGCUGCAACCUCCGUAGCCACAGGUCCCUCGGCCCUCCAUGGUCCCCCCCCCCACACCCGGUUCUGGUCCCCCGGGACCAGCUGGCUCCAUCCCCCCGUGUAGGAAUUGGAGACACGGGGGAAAGAUCCCUCCAGCUCCGCCCUGACCCAGUGCCUUGCCAAGAGCUGGACGGGGGGGUCUCUUGCCGUCAUCGCUGAGAUCCUGUUUGGGGACGAUCCUGGGGACCCGGGAGCUGUCGCUGCCUCCAGCACUGGCAGGCCAUUUUUUUAAAUGCAGCGGUGGCCUUGUUUUUAUAUUUCCACCUCUUCUCUUUUGGUCCGGAAAUUCAGGUCUCCCGCGAAGGCCGUGGGCCCAGGAGUCUUGUAGUUAAAAGGGCCGAAUCCUACGGCCGGUUCUUAGUGUGUUUUUAAUAAGGUGGGCAGCCUCUGAUCCACGUCCCCCUUUGACAAAUGGGGAAACUGAGGCAACAUGGCCUGCAACUUUGAACCAAGGACGCCAAAUGGGGAACCUGGGACUCCAACGCAGAUCUCUUGCGGCCGGGUGCUUUUAGGUAGAAAAUCCUCUGUCACCAUUUCGCUCAGUCCACUCUGGCCUUGUCUAGAUUAAAGUCCCACCGGUUACACUUUGAUCUGAGCUAGCGAAAUCAGUGCGAGAGACUCCGGUUUAAGCUGGGUUUCGUUGAGCGGCUUGUCUAAACACAGAAGUUGGGCAACUUUAACCGACAUUGGUUUAGUACAACCAGUGCAUCUUUGUGUGUAGAUGCUCUGGGAUGGAAUAAAGGGGGAUCCCCACAAUGCACAGCAGCUGCCCCACAAGCCAUGUGGCCGUGGGAGGAUGCUGGGAUGCGUACCCAUGAUGCACUGGGCUGUUUGCCAAGAGAGCUCACUGGGCGGGCAAGGCGCUGGCACAAAGGUGUGAGGUUGAAUGCACUCGAGUGGGGAGGUGCCCGUCCAGGAGCUUGUGCUGGUUUCAUGACAGAUCUGAAAUGUACGUCGUUAUCCCGGUGCAGUUUUCAGCGCAGACAGAGCCUCAGUGAAACAGAUGCAACUAUCCAUGUAAUCGGGCUUGAGCUCAUUAGGGACAGAUUUAAGCUAAACCAAAAUAAGCGUCCACAGGGGCUUGCAUUGGUUGAAUUGAAUCAGUUGUUUUUAAACCCAGUCACAGCUACAAGGGUGCACGUUCGAAUAGACAGGCCCUGGUAGGGACAGAGCUGCUACUGGGGCCAGAGCAAGGAGUGCACGAUUUCCCCGUGACAAGGAGACAGCUGGUUUUACCCCCACUCCACGUGUGAAUGUCUAAUCCCAGAACAGAGCUAGCGGGAGAAGAAACACCCAUCACGAGGUGGCUGUAGUGAAGGGGUGAUGGGACUUCCUUUACAUGAACAAUUGGUUAAGUGAUGGAUGUUUGGGAUCUGUGCGGAGGAAUCUUCUUUUAAAAUCGAAUUGGGCUCCGGCAAGAAUUUGAAUACAUUUUAAUUCUGGAGGCGAUGUUAAAAAAAAAAAUAAAGAUGUUUAAUUUGUA